CGUUCGCAGACCUAAUUCGUCGAUGCCGUGAGUCAGCACGCGGGCCUGAUGGCAUAUCCUAUGGAGCCUGGAAGGCUGGAGACCAGGUGUUUUCUUCUGCUCUGUACGGUCUGUACCAGCACGUGAUCGCUGGAGGCGAGGUCCACGACUCCUUUCAACGAAGGACUUGCAGUUUUUCUGCCCAUGGGAGAUGGGGACCCCUCCAUCCGAACCCAAACCCGUGACCCCGCCUCCACUCGUCCCCUCACCUUCAGUAAGACCGUCAAUCAGAUUAUUGCCGCUGCCCUUGCCGCUCCGCUUGCCAGGGCGUCAACCGACCUUUUUUGUGGCAUCCAGCAGGGAUUUGUGCCUGGCCGCCAAGGACUCGAGCAUAUCAUAGAUGUCGAUUCGGUGCGAGCGAUUCUCAGCGAGGUUGAGUUCGAGCAGGAGUGCGGAGCAUGCUGCUUCGACAUGAAAACGGCCUUCCCGAGCUUGCAUGUGCAUUGGAUCGAGCACGUGCUCGAGAAGAUUGGCGUUCCGUCUUGGUAGCGAAGCUCCGUGUUGAAACUUCAUCAGAACGUGAACAUCUUUGUCAAUUCUCGGGGAGCCAGCGGUCA